CUCUAUUUUUAAAGUUUUCAUUUCUAAUCAAUAUCAAGUAUAAGAAAAAAAAAAUGAAAUUCGCUGGUAUCGCUACACUCACAUUGGGUCUUAUUUCUGCUUCUUCUACUGCCUCAGCUGCUUCUGUUGUUAGUGAUACGAUUAACUUGGAAACUGGUAAAUGCUAUAAACUCAUUGCUGAUAACGGUUCCCAAGUGUGGUAUAAGGGUGAUGAUAAUACACCUCGAUUCGCAAGUGCCAGCUGUGUCAAGGAUCCUCUCUUGUUCUGUUACGAAGCCAAGGGUGACGAUAUCAACGAACAUUUUCAGGGUUACUUCCGUACCGUCAAAGAUUCCAAUAACCAUUAUUAUAUUGAUCACGAACCUGAUAGCAAAAAUACAUACACAUUAACAAAAACUUCGGAUAAUACAAAGGCUGGCAUUCAACUUUUCAAAGAUAAGAAGGGUCGUUACUUUGUUGAGUUUGUAGAGGUCACAACAAAGGGGAGCCAUAACGGUUGGGCCCGCGCUUGGGCACGAAAGGACAGUAGCAGUCAGACAGAUAAUGAUGGCUGUAAGGGGGGUCUCAUCACUGGCGCUGCUUGGGACAAAACCAGUGAUUUGUUCACUUUCCUUGAUAAGAGCCCUAGUAACUGAAAGAAAACUUCUCAUCCCUCAUAUUCAUUUUUUACUUCAUUCUUCCACAAAACAUACCCUUUAAUAUAUACAUCUUCCUCUUUUCUCCACAUAGUCUGUACCC